UGGAGCUGUGUACACUGGUGUGAACUGACAAGUCUGAAGCUCGCAACUAUGACGAUUUUAAUUUUUUCUUCGGGACAAGCUGAUGCAGUUAUGAAAUCUGUCGUUUCAGAAGAUCAAAUACCAUGUGAUGUCAAAGACACGCUAAGGAUUUUCUUGCAGAAGCUGACAGAAAAUGCCAGGAGCGCAGGCAAACGGAGCAGGGAGCGCUCACUGGAGGAGGCUUCACAGAUCCUGCAGAAGAUCCCAAAAGAAGCACUUGGUUCCUUACAGCCUGCUGCUCUUCAUCAAUUUGUUCAGCUUGUUUUGGCCUUACAGCUAGAGGCAGUGACCUCUUCAUCCGCUUGCCGCAAAUUAGACCAAAUGCUGCAGGUUUUGGCUGAAAUAAACUGCUCCAUAGUCUUUGAGGAAGUUAAACAAUAUAUGCUGACCCUUUUGCACCAAAAACAGGUGUUUUCAUUGAAAGAUCUUCAGAUAGUCUGUAUGUUCUUGGAGGACAGCACUACGGGACGAGAGGUUCUCAAAGCAGAAUGCAGCACUCUGCUUAAUAAAGUCGCCGAGCUGAUUCCUGCUGUUAUGUCAGAUGAAGCAACCAGAAAUGGGCCACUGUGCUAUCAGACUGUCAAGGUUUGUUUGCAGGUGUUUCAGCUGCUGCCUGGUCAGGUGGCCCUGAUGGUCUACAGUAAGGAAAGUGCAAAAAUGAGUUUGAGAGAUAUUUUGGAGUUCCUGAUGAGCGUUAUCUUAGGAGAGGUUUCCAGCAGAGAUACAUGUUUGUUGGCUGGCACUGCGGUUGCAAUGCUGCUCACCACAGCGACAGACAGUCAGUGUGCAGGAUCAGCUGCCUGGAGUCUGCUGCAAAUCACCAACACAGAACCGUGGAGAUUGACGGUAGGUGAGCUACAGGUGGACUGUCGUCCCAGACGUCAGGACGGAGUGGACAGACUGGCUGUAUGCAGGGGGUUGUUAACUUGCUGCAGAAAUGACAUUCUUGUCAGUCACCAUAGCAACCAAGGGACUUGUCUUCUCCUGAAUGGGCUGUUCCCCUUCAUCUCAGCUCUUUGUGAAGAAAAGCUUGACUGUCAUUACUAUGUUUUUCAAGUGUUUACUAUUUGGCUGAAGAGGCUGAGAGAGUGCCUCAGUGAGGUUUGGGAAGUUACUGGUGCUCCUUUAGAUUCAGACCUCCAGCAGCACCUUACACAAAUCAUCUGGAGCAAUGCUGAGAGCCCGUUGGAUGGUGUUGCAGAGGUGGCACGCAGUGCUUUCUGUCUGUUUAUGGAGAUCUAUGACAAGGAUUGUCUGCACUUUGAGAACACAGAUAAAAGACUUUAUGUGGAAUUAUUGAACAGUAUAUCAGAACUGCCUUGGGAAUCCAAAGCAAAGUAUUUACCGCUUACUGCACUUCUGCCAUAUGCAGGAACAGACAAGGUUUUGGAACUGUAUACAGCUCUUCCCUCUCACAUCCUAAAAUGCCUCUCCACCAAUCACCUUUCUCCAUGUGCCUCAGAAGUCUACAAAUCCCUCCUUCAGGAACAGAAACGCGAGCUUAUUAUAAAUGCAUCCCAAGAAGCUCCACCCACUGAACAAGACUCAGCCAAUCAAUGGGUUCGGAGGUGGCAACCAGUCAUUCUGGAGGCUUUGACUUCGGAAUUAACUCUUCUUCAAAAUAACGCCUCUAGCCAUCUUCUGCCCUCAACACUACGAAUAUUUCCAGGUGCUGUUAACACUCUGUUGUCAGCUCUGGACCCCGCGGUUCCCGGUCACCUUCACGCGUGGGCCUGUGUCAUGAGCGCCCAGCGGGCCACAAGUGGACAUUCCCUCUGGAGUGCGGACAGCCCCCAUGCUCUUAAGACUCUCCAUAUUGCCCUCUCCUCUUUGGAUGACAGCAUCCGGCUUGCAGCUCUGAACCUCCUCUGCUGCAGUCCAAAGACCAAAGAAGCCCCAUCACAAGUUGAGUAUUCCGCUCUGAGAGACUUCCUCCCGCUCAAUCUCAACAGCGAAUCGUCACCUUUCCGCCAGCACCUUCAGGCAGCGCUGAGGAAGUUCUUGGUGAGAAUAAGAGACAGUUGCAUGGCAAGCAUCAAAGGCCAUAAUGGUAAAAAAGGGCUCACGGAGGAAGAGGAGGCGGAGCUUAAACAAGGAGUCGAGUUUGUUGACUGGCUCUUCCAGCUGUCAUUGGUCUAUUUGACUCCUGACAGCAGCUACCAGAGGAAGAAGACUGUCCUGCUCCUGCUGUCUGCAGUGCUGGAAACAUGUACAGACACCUGGAGUCCAGACAGAAAGAAGGGACAACCACCUGCCAAUAUGUCUACUCUUAUAAACUGGGCUAAAGAGAGGGGAAAGUGGGACUUCUUCUCAAAGUCAAAGAUGCUUGUCCUGAUUGGCUGUUUGGAGGAUUCGACCAAUGAGAUCCGUGAACUGUCUGCAGAGCUACUUCUCCGAUUUUUCCCCUCGUCUCUCCCGGAUGAUGUCACAGCUGUGUUGUUGAGGAGGGCAGAAAGGCUGCUCCACAGCCCACGGGUCCAGGAGGCCCAGAUGGGAGCACUGAUGAUCAAACUUCUACUGCACAAGGUGGAUGGGGCAUUUGAACAUGGGGAGAAACAUUCAGUUAAAUUGAUCACGUUUCUUCUCACCAAACUGGAGCACCAUUAUCUCACUGCCAGGAAUGACAUGCUGCUUGCAGCUCGUACAACGCCUAUUCAUGGUGUUGUAAGUGCUCUGCAGAGGGGCUUGCUGGAGGUGCCAGGGGUCCUAGUGGAGUCCAUAACCCAUAGUGUUGCAGGAGACAUUGUAUCUUUAGUAGAAAAGCUCACUCUACUGCUGUUAGGUGUGCUGUACGGGGACCAGGACACACAGGAGAAAGAUGUGCCUCCAUCAUUCUGUGACAUGGGGAAUGCAAUCAGUUCUCUGAUUGGUCAGGGUGGGGUUGAGGGGGCGGGACUUGAUGAGGAUGGAGAGGAGAAUGUGCUGCUCUCUGAGGAACAUAGUCUAGUGCUGACCUGCUGCUGGGUUUCCUUGAAGGAAAUUGGUAUUUUUCUGGGCUCCCUGGUGGAGAGAAUCCUGUCACUGCACUGUAAAGAGCUGACUUUGAGUGUGGAAGACCUCAGGAAGGCUUCCAAAGUAUUUAAAGACAUCAUUCUGAAAUGUAGACACUGGGGGGCAGUAGAGGGCUGCUGUAUUGGCUUUACUAAGUUCUGCAGGGCUCUACUGAGCAGCUCUGAUCCGGAGAUCAGAGAGAUCCCGCCUCUCAUAUUAAAACAGGGCCUUUCUGUUCUCCAGUCGCCCCGUAGUACCUCAGUAACAAGGCGUGCUGCCGGUCUGCCCAUGCUGAUUUUGGGUGUCUUAGCUGCUGAGGACUCUAGCAAGACUCGCCCCCUUUUGGCACAAACCAUUAACACCCUGCUGGACACAGCCAAAGCACCUCUUCCCCAGGACUGGGACCAAACUCUCGACUUACCACAGGUGUGUGCCGUUCACAUCCUUCAAGCUCUGGUGAAGGGCUCCAGUCUGGGUGUAGCUGUUCUACAGUACACCCCUGUGGUGGCCGUUCUGUCACUCACACUCCUCAGCUCACCAUGCUGGGCUAUGAGGAACGCAGCCCUGCAGCUCUACAGUUCUCUAUGCACCAGAAUGUUGGGUCAGCAGCCUACCGGUGAAGAGGGCUCUGCUCAUUCCGGCAUGUCUUCUCCUUCCUUCUUUAACCUCUACCCAGCCCUACAGCCCUUCCUCCAGGGGGCGCUGGAAAGCACAGCUAAAGACCUUCAUGAUGCCACCCUUCUCCUGCACCCUUCCCUCUACCCUGUCCUCACCCUGCUCGCCAAACUACAGCCUGGUGCUGAGGAACAGACACGGGCUCUGUCGGAAUUCCUGCCUCCGCUCUUCCUCCUAGCUGCCAGCCCAGUCUAUGGCAUACGAGUGAUGUCAUCAAGAGCCCUAGUUGCUAUGAUACCACCAAGUGAAUAUCUGGCAACUGUCCUGCAGUUGGGGGAAAAGCUGCCAGAAUCACCUGACGUUGUGUGCUGUCACAACAGACUGCAUGGCCAACUCCUACAGAUAGCAGCCAUACUGGCCCAGGCACUGAAAACUAGCAUCAGUCGGUCAUCUCUCAGUGAGGUUGUGAGUGAGUUUGAGUGCAGACUGUGGCUGGCAUCUGUGAGGCAGCGGUGCCCGCUGGUGCGGCUGGCGUAUGUGGAUAUAGUGAGUCUGAUAAGAGGCCAUUGCUCUAGUGCUUUCCUCACUCAGCUCUCUUCUCAACUGCUGCAGGAGAUUCACAGGACUCCAAACAUACUAGAGGUUGGCUCUGCUUCAUUCCACCAAAGUGCAGUGAACUUCCUGUGUGGGGAUCCUGAGUGGGCGUGUCAGGUAUGGCAGCAUCUGGCCAAUGGCAACGCAGUAGUACGUCUCUCAUUGGUCAAGUCUGCAACAGAGGGGCGUGGCUGGAGAGGAACUGUCCUACAGCGGGUUAUGGAGAGAGCGCUGCAGGCCAACCUGAAGAAGGCACUGUUGGACCAGAACCUGGAGUACAGAGGAGCAUUCUUGACCGCAUUAGUUGAGGUUAUGACCCCUGAGGAAGACAGUCUUGCUCUGCCCCGUCCCUGUCCUUCAGGGUUCGAGGAGACAUGGCUGCAGGAGUGUGUGGAGGUUCUGUUUACUGAUCUGGAGUCAGAUAGAGGAGGGCCUGUGCUGAUCUCCACGGCUCUGUGUACAGUCAGCCUGCUCCUUUGUCACAGUGUGGACUUGUCUUUGCUCCAGCGCUGGUGUAAGUUAUUAGAGAAGCACAGAUGUCCUGAAGCUCCUGAGGCCCUCAGAGCAGCGUGUGCACAGGCUCUGUGUCUGUGCGGGGUCCACGUAGUGACCAGGAGCCUGACAGGAGGCCUCACGCUCAAAGAGCUCAGUACCAGCUUGAUCAGCACGGGUAUCUACCUGCUUCAGGAUGAGAGUCCACAGGUGAGAGCGAAGGCGGCUGUCUUUGCCUCUCUGCUCUGCUGUUCUGUCCGACGGCCGGAAGAUCCACAGAAAUGCUUCUACAUGCAGGUGAACCGGGCUUUGCACUCACUGCUCGACCUGCUCUUAGAGGAAUUCUGGGACGCAAGUUGUGCUUUGGAGGCCUUAGUGUGCCACUUACCUGACUGUGAUCUGAAUGCUGUACUGAAGGAGGCCGAAGAGACGCAAUGUCGCAGUCUGUAUGAGCGAGAUGAAGCAAAUGUGUUUGCAGAGCCAUCUGUGAUCUCAGAGUGCCUGUUGCCACACCUAUUGAAUCUGGUUAAACAUUACCCAAAAUCCUCCACUCUCGCCAAGAACCUCGAGCGCUGGGCCCAAAACAGUGCAGCCAUUGUCAAAGAGAAUCUCACAAUUUGUAUGCAGCUACAAUUAGGUGAUGUCCUGAAUCCUGAUUGGCUGAGUUUGCUAAUAGAACCUCGUUUCCAUGGCGCUCUUUCAGGCCUGUUCACUAGGGCGAUUGUACUACUCCAGCUGCUCAAGGAGUGUGAUUCCAUACGACCCCUACUUGACCCUUUGAGUUCAUCUAAAAACCUUCAGGAGAUUCAUAGACGGUUUGUCCUAAAUGGACUCUUCCUUCCUCAGGUCUUCAUUGAUGCACUAAGGACAGAUUAAUCCAGGGCUGUCACAGAUCAGGGUUGCAUUAUUGCUGUUCAUCGCCAUAUUGAGUGGAAACUAUUCGAAAGGAAGAAUACCAGUCCUUUGUUGUGCAAUACAAGAGAGAGAAAUAGAAAACGUAUCUACGUCACCAGCCAAAAUCAAACACCACUUCCAGCUCUGUAAGUGUAGCACAUCUAAAUCUGAAACGGCUGAAAGAUGCCAUUGUUUCUGAAUGGGUGGUGAUUUCUGAAAUAGAGCGCACUGCAGGCGGGGGACAAACAGACUGAGGCGUCACAAAGACUCAGCAAGCGUCUGAGGAUGGUACAUAUAUUUUUAGCCAAAUCUCUCUUUGGAACCAAAUGAGAUUCAUGCUUGUAUAUUGAUGCAUUAUAUACAUUUAUUAAAUAAAGACUGAAUAAUUUGUUGAAUUUUUUGGCUAACCCUGAUCUGUGAUACCAGUAACAAACAUUCAGUAUUCUGUUCCCUUUAGAAAAUGAAGUGCUGCUUUUUUUAGCUGAUUGAUGUUUUAAUAGCCAAUCUCUGCGACCUCAGAAGCUCAUUGGUUUUAUGUGGAGUGGUGGCUCAUGGUUCGCUGUGAUAACACUUCACAAAACCGGUUUGAGCUGCCUCACACCAACCUCGAAGCAUCUUCUGAUACACACACAGCAGCCACAAUUAACUCACUCUUUUCCUGUGAUUCAUUCUCUUGAUCCUUU